AUGGACCGGAGUUUCGACGAGGGCGAGGUCUAUAAUGGUUUGUUUGAAUUUUGAAAAUUUUUUAGAGUUUUUUCGGAUUUUAUUAAUUUUUUAACGCAUUUGGAAGCUUUCAGUUCAACUCCUGAAUAAAGCCAAGUUUAUUGAAAAAAAAUUUUUUUCUCGGAAUUGCAAUCUGGAAUUGAAAAACAUCAAAGGAAGACUGUGAAUAGAUUUCAAAACUGGAAAAAAAAGUUUUUUCGAGAAAGGUCCUUUUUUUUUUGAAGAAGUUAUAUAGUCCAUUCGCAGCGACUUGAAACUUUCUGUCUGUCUGCGUCUCUUGUUUCCUCUACGGCGAAGUGAGAGAAAAAUGGAGAGAGCACGUCAAAAUGAGAGGGUCUCCUAGAGACAAGGAGAGCGCAGAGAAAAAGAACAGUUUCAAGUUGUGAAAAACAGUACCUUUCUUAAUUUUUUCACAAGCUUGAGCAUUUAAAAUAUUCCUUGGUUUGGCCAGUGUUCUUGUUUUAAAGGCCAAUGUGACGAAUUUUGAGCAUAUAUUCGAAAUCAGCUUGAAAAACUGCAUCUAAUGAGCUUCUUCUCAUUCAGGAGUACCGAUUUGAGCUUCCAAUAUUACCUGCUAGUACUAAAAUCUCUUUCAGUAUCCUCACGAGUGCGUCUCUACGACGAAAAAGAGCCGUACUUCCAUGAGGCCCGAUUUUGCUGCGGCAAACUCGGCGGCAAGCACCUCAUCUACAUCUACACGGUGGCCCUCGUUGUCUACUUCUUGGUCAACGACUUCUUCCUCUUCGACAUUUACCUCUUCGUGCCCCACAUUUUGCUCAUAAUCACUUACAUGUUUGAUUCCCGAGCCAUUUAUAAUAAUAUCAUGGGUACUAUUCGAAAAAGCCUGAUUUCGCAAUAUGUUCUAGUCGGCUUCAUUUUCAUCCGGUAUUGUACUCUUCUCACCAUCAAUGGUUUCUAUUUCCGACCCAUUGACGACUUUUACACCAAUUAUGUCCAAGCAAUCAUCCGCCUUGUCGAAACCCUCGCCCUGAGCAUUGUUAUUCAUCGAGUUUCUCUCCUUUAUCAGCACCGCUACUGGCUUGAACGUGUAGGCCACGACGCUAGCUGGCCCUUCAACGACUUGUAUUGA